CCGCGGAAGCCUGCCCGCGCCCUCCCGCCCGGCCCCGCCAUGGCGCUGCGGCGCCUCCUGCUGCUGCUGCUGCUGCUGCUCUCGCUGGAGUCCCUGCACCUGCUGCCCGGCGCCCGCGGCGCCCGCGGCCGCGCCGCCAACCGGACCCUGAGCGCCGGCGCCGCUGCCGUCGGGGGCCGACGGCCCGGGGGCUCCCUGGCCCGGGGCGGCCGCGAGCUGAACGGCACCGCCGCCCGGGCGCCCGGCGGCCCGGAGGCGGGGAGCCGGCGGGGACAGCCCGCGGCGGCGGUGGCGGCGGCCAGCGCGGCCGUCACCUACGAGACGUGCUGGGGCUACUACGACGUGAGCGGCCAGUACGACAAGGAGUUCGAGUGCAACAACAGCGAGAGCGGCUACCUAUACUGCUGCGGCACCUGCUACUACCGCUUCUGCUGCAAGAAGCGCCACGAGAAGCUGGACCAGCGCCAGUGCACCAACUACCAGAGCCCCGUGUGGGUGCAGACGCCCAGCACCAAGGUGGUGUCGCCGGGGCCCGAGAACAAGUACGACCCGGAGAAGGACAAAACCAACUUCACCGUCUACAUCACCUGCGGGGUCAUCGCCUUUGUCAUCGUGGCCGGCGUCUUCGCCAAGGUCUCCUAUGACAAGGCCCACCGCCCUCCGCGGGAGAUGAACAUCCACAGGGCGCUGGCCGACAUCUUAAGACAACAGGGACCAAUCCCCAUAGCACACUGUGAAAGAGAAACUAUGUCGGCCAUCAAUACGUCUCCCAAAGAGAGCACGCCGGUCCGAUCAUCCUCCAAAAACCACUACACCCCCGUGCGCACCGCCAAGCAGACUCCAGGACAUUAUGGGAAGGAUGCUUACCGAAGUGGAGGACCCGAUCUCCAUAACUUCAUCUCCUCUGGAUUUGUCACGUUAGGAAGAGGACACACGAAGGGUGAUCAUCAGUACAACCAUCCGAUUUUAAGCAGUGCGGCCCAGACCCCUACACAUGAGAAGCCACGGAUAAACAACAUCCUGACAUCGGCCACCGAGCCCUAUGACCUCUCCUUCUCCCGCUCCUUCCAGAAUUUGGCCCACCUGCCCCCAUCCUAUGAGUCUGCCGUGAAGACCCACCCCAGCAAGUACUCAUCCUUGAAGAGACUAACUGACAAGGAGGCGGACGAAUAUUACAUGAGGAGGCGGCACCUGCCGGACCUGGCUGCCCGAGGCACUCUCCCCCUCAACGUCAUCCAGAUGUCCCAACAGAAGCCCUUACCUCGAGAGCGACCCCGCCGGCCCAUCCGGGCCAUGUCGCAGGACAGGGUUCUGUCCCCGGAGCGGGGCCUGCCGGACGACUUCGGCUUGCCCUACGACCGCAUCCUGUCCGACGAGCAGCUGCUGUCCACGGAGCGCCUGCACUCCCAGGACCCGCUGCUGUCCCCGGAGCGGACGGCCUUCCCCGAGCAGUCCCUGUCGCGGGCCAUCUCGCACACGGACGUCUUUGUGUCCACGCCCGUGCUGGAGCGGUACCGCGUGACCAAGAUGCACUCCCAUCCCAGUGCCUCCAGUAACUCCUAUGCCACGCUGGGCAAGAGCCAGACGGCCGCCAAGCGCCAGGCCUUCGCCUCGCGUAGACACAACACGGUGGAACAGCUGCACUACAUCCCGGGUCACCACACCUGCUACACAGCCAGCAAGACGGAAGUGACCGUGUGACAGGCGGGGCCGGGCGGGGUGGGGGUUGGGGGGGAGCGGGAGGGGCCUGCCGCCUGGCCUCUGUCUCUGGAGGCUCCCCUCCCCUCUCCCUCGGCCCCUCUCUAGGAGGUGGGGGUGGGCCGCCUCUGCCCAGAAAGCCAUACUCCGGGGGACACAGCCCGGUGGCCUGGCACAGCACACUCAGACCUGGGAUCUAGAGCGAUCUCUCCCACUCUUCCAGAAGCAUCGAGGGGAGUGAGAAGAGGGGUUAGGCCUCAGCACCUCCCACCCUCUGCCCCACCCCCAUCACCACUAACUCCCUUUCGGCCCCAUGCCCCUCUCCCCCUCCAGGGGGGCGCUUAGAGGAGGGUUCUGUCAGCCAAGAGACCCUGGCUUGACCUUGGUCCGAAGCCACCUGGGGUUGGGACUGGCCAGCAGGUGCAGUCAAUGGGCUGACCAAAUAGGCUCCUUGGUCUCGUUCAUUUACCUACAGCCGUGUCACAGAAAUCUUCUAGUGCCUACAAACUGCCUGCUCGCUCUCUCAGAGCCGGGGAGCUGCUGUGUCCAUAAGCACAAUAACGUUCUCUUCUGCCUGCUGGAACGCUCUGGUCCCCACCGAGUGGCCCUUCCUUCAUUGACCCCCUUGGGGUACCCCCUGCCCUGUACCCCUCCCCCAACGCCUGGGAUCAGGAGGGGUUCCCUUUCUUCAGCUGCCUCCCCAGUGUUGGGAACCCCCAACCCCAGUUCUAGCUGGCUGCCCCCAAUGCAGGUCCCCUCAGACGCCCUCCUCUAGCCCUAGCUCUUUGACCCCUAAGUUCUCUGGGGCUUGGCUUCAGCCCUCUCCACUGAGGAGACUCACAGUGGGGUUCAGGGACUUUGGGGGUACCCUCCCUAGCAACCUAUCUCCACACUUCCUCCAGGCUCCUAGGUCUGAACUUUGACCUGACACUCAGGCCUGCCUUCCCCUUCUUUGCUCUGCUCCCCAGAGGCCUCUGCCCAUGGCCAGAGAGCGGAGGGUGGGGAGGGCCACUGUGAUGCCCUGGGCCUCAGGGGCUCGCCAUUCCCAUCACCCCAGGCUCUGCCUGUCUCCCACUGUGCAGGUCAGGCAGGCGGAGGCAGAGGCUUCUAGAGAGGGUGGUUCAGCCCCCAGCCAAGGAAGACCCCAGGCGGUGGUCCUGCACCUUGACCACCCCUCUCUCCCCACCACUGCCCACCUGCUUGACCCCUCCUCUCUUCAGUGUUUGCUCUCUCUGCCUCCUCUGCUGCAGUUCCGUUACCCAGGCCAGUGGUUCCUCUGACUCAAAGCAACAGAUGCCCAUUAGUAAACGCAGACAAGGGUACUCCAGGCUAUGGGUCUGGGGGUUAACUGGGCAGCUCCCCACCCCUCCCCUGAAGGGGGGCACUCGGGCACCAAGCAAGCAGAUCCAAGCCUUCAGCUCUGUUGGGGGGCCAUCCCUGCCAGGCCUACUCAGCCCCUUCUCGGCCUCCAACCUGGGAAGUGGGCAGUGGGCAGGGCGCAACAACCCCUUUGGAGAGUGAAUAGUGAACUAAGAAGUAUCCACCUCCCCAAGACCAGAGCCUGGGGGGAGAGAAGGGGCUCCCCCAUUCUCAGGGCCAGGGCACUUCCUUGGGCUGGGGCUAGGGGGAAUCAGCCCCAGACUGUCUGGUAAAGGUAUGAUAUGAAAAAAUGUGACUGUUGCCACACUCCGACUCCAAAAGCAGUGACCUUAAACUGGGAUUUUAGGUUCCCCCAGGUCUGCAUACAACAUGUAUGGUCCUUUAGCAAGGGGGCCAGGCAGGGGGAAUGCCCCAGUGUUCAGCCCUGGGAAUUUUUAAUCUCAACAAGUCUACAAUCCAUAGAAAACUCAAUCGACUGAGUCCUCUUACUUAUUUCAAGAAUUCCAAAGCUCUUGUCUCCCCCUCAAGGCUCAUCAUGAGGGGAUUGAGGCUGGGGGUGAUGAACACAGCUCUCAGCUUCCGUGUUGGGAUGGCAUCACUGGGACUGUGAGGCUGUGAGGACAGGGACCACUCUCUGCUUUCCUCCCUGACAAACACAUAAACCUUCUCAAGGGCUGGUCCCCAGGGUUUAUGAGCGUUUGUUCCAGAAGGUAAGGCCAGAAGGGUUGGGGUGGAGGAAACCAAUCUAAACGGAGAGUUGGCCACUCCCAGAAACAAAGGUGUGUCUCUCACAGCUGGUAUCCCCCCAAACCCACUGCCCUCUAAUCCAGCCUCCCCUCAAAGGCUGCCUGCCAGUGUGGAGGGGAAAGGGUGAAAAUCCACUCCCCAGAUGUCUGCACACACAUACACCCUGAAUCAGAAACCUGAUCUCAUCCUGGGUUGGAAGCAUCUUCUUGGUACCAAGUUCUCCAGGCGUCAGGAUGAUGCUUCUCUCCUGCCCUGUCUGUCUAUCUGUCUGUCUGUCUCAGGGGUUGUCUGAUAGGUUGAUUCCAAAGCAUUUCUCAUCUCAGCCUUAUUGUUGUCCGGUUUAAAACCUCUGGUGUCAGUCAGAUCAGAAAAUUCUACCUAACACCUAAAUGCUUACUUAGGUAAAAUGAUUCUUCUGCUUCAUACUUGGGCCAGGAAGGAUGGAAGGAUCGGAGGGAGGGAGGGAGGAAAGAAAAAACUGAAGUCACGGACUUGCUCUAAUUCAAUCCUUCAUUCCAAAAUCCACAAAGUUAUGUUUCAACUGGGAUACAGAAAUAUCUCAUUUAUUCCGUCAUCCCACCCAUGUUCGGAGAACAAGCAAAGCCACAUGACCAGACGAGUUCAUACAGCAGAGAAGAGAAGGUUCUGGGCAGGAACCCAGACAUCAUGACUCCCAGCCACAUCAGGCUGGUGGCCACUAGCACACAUAGGAAGGCCAUCCCUUCCCCACAAUGAAAGCCCUCCUUUCCCGGCAAGGGCAGCCCAAAGCCCCGAACUUCCCUCUGCUUGUUUUGUUCUUUGUGCGCAUCUCCAUUGCUCUGGUGGGAAUGAACAGGGCCUCUGCACCGGCCCUCUCCCACCCUGAAGGAUUUCAUAGGUCUCCUCGAUCUCUGAUGGUAGUGGAGCGCUCUUGGUCCCUCAUGACCUUCUACCCUCCGUGUCUUGCUUCUUCCAGUUAACUCUUGGCUCCAUAAGUUUGUAAGUCACAAAGCCUUUCCCAAGAAUUCCUGCAUCCCCCUAACUGGGGUUCCAACCAUGGGGCUCCCUACCAUCUUGGGCGAUGGGUCUGCCUUCUAGAAAGUUCCAGAUGUUCCCUUUACUCAAACUUCUCCUCCGUUCUACCGAGAAACUCUUAUUUUAACGUUAGUCUUCCAUGCCACUCUGGUCUUUCCUUCCUCUCAUCUUUGUGGCUCUGCCCUCUCCCCUGCCAUGUACCUUCCUCCAUCCCUAAUCUGCUUUCCUCUAUCCUGCUAUCCUCCGUAGUUCUAAACCUUAGAGCCCUCAGUGAAGACAAGCAAAGAAGAUGUUCUUCAAGACUUCUGCUUGCCUCCUUGGUCUAUCUGUGACCUCUCCUGUUCCUACAAGACGAUGCCCCAGGCCAUGCAUCCUACAGCUCUACUCCUUUGAUCUUUGAGAGGUUACGGAGAGAACUGGCCUGUCAAAGACAUCAUGGUUUGAAGUUCAGCUUUGGUUCCCGCAGCUGGCAAGUUCCUUGAAGCUCCUGCCCAGCCUGCCAUGAGCCCAAAGGCUCCUGCUCUGGCCAAAGAUUCAUAUCCCUGAUGGCUCUCGGCCACUCUGCCAUCUUGCUUACGCCUGUCCUGCUUGUGUGUGUCACAGAUUCCCCCCUUUGUCUCAUGGGAGAGAGUGACUCUCCAAGCCUAGCGAAAUAUUCCCAUCACCCUGCCGCCAAAUGAUCCAUUUUUCUUCAGAGAUAUUUCACCCACCACCAGCCUUCCAUCCUCAAGAUUCCAUCCACAGGCAACCAUGGACUUGAGCCAAGGUCAUCUGAAGGGGCUGCUGAUGACCUGGACCCUAGGCAGCACCUGUUCUGAGAAGGGUUUGUCCUGUUAACCUCCCACAGACAUUCCUCCACCAUGCUCCCCAAACCUGGGAAAUUUUGCUCUGGAGUAUUUUCAAGGAAGCUUGUUGUGUUCUAAUGAAGUAUUUUUCAGGGUUCAAAUGUUAUUUUGUAUAAAUGCAGCAUUUUAAUGACAGAUUCAGUAUGAAAGCUAUGUCUUCCUGGGCUCUACGUUUAAUUUCCAGAAGGCAGCAUACUACAGGAGGAAAAAGCACAGGGCUGAGGCUCUUGGAGACAUGGCUUUGGCCCUGGCUUUGUCUCCAUCUUGCCGCGUGACCAAGGACGAGUCACGAUCUCUCUCAGUGCCUCAGUUUCCCAUCUGUAAAACGAGGGGCUUUGACUAGAUGAGCUCUGCAGCUUCAUCCAGCUCUUACAUUCUAGGGCCUUCAUUCCUCAUCGUUGCCCUCCCUCUUCUCUUCACAUUCCUCCCCACCUCAACCGAGCUGCACGCAUCCCAUUACGCCUGCCCCAUGGUGACAGCCUCGGAUGCCCUAGGCAGCCGCCAGACUCCUCACUGGAGCCUGAGUUGGGCUCCAAGGUCUUGGCCACCCAGGGAUGCUGUCAUCUGCAGGUGGAAGGGCCUACCCAUGCAAUAGGUUACCAACAGUGUUCAUGAAAGCCCUCUCCAACAGACACAUCCCAGACAUCCUGGGUGUUUGUAUCGUUGGGGAAUUCUGAAUUGCAAGUGUUCGUUCUGAUCUGGGCUCGAAGCUGGAGGGAGGCGGUUCCCAUUUCAGAGAGAGGACAGGAUGGAGGAGAAAGGUCCAGAGGAUGGUCCCUGGGGGCGUAAGUUUGUUUCUGAGGACAGUUUGGAAAUGCACGCCAAGCCACAGAGGAGAAUGCACGACGAUAACUUUGCGUUGAAGUGGAUGUUACUGUAUCUCCCUCCAGAAUCUGAGUCCUGAAGAACGAGUCUGGACACCAGGCUCCAUUCCAACUGGAGGAGAGGGAGAGGCGCCACUCCCUGGGGCUGCUAGGAGGUGGGCACUCACCCCAGGCUAGUACCUUUCUAGUCCCUCCUCCUGACACUACCGUCCUCCUGGUGAAAGCUUGAGAAGCGAGAACUGAGGGUACCAGUCUGCGCCAUCAGACCCACCUUGUAAAUCGGCCGAACCCAUCAACUUCCCAUCGGGAAGAGAAACGACGUUGUAGGUUUCCUUAAAACCCUCCCUCCUGAGGGAGAGGAAGACCCCUGCUCCACCUUGCCACCCACUCCCGCUGCGCCCCUGCAAUACCACUCCAUGGGAGGAUUCAUUCAUUCGCUUCGUCGUGGCAAAUAUUCCUCUAGUUCUGUAACUCAGCUAGACAUUUUGUAGUAAAGAAUUCUUGAAAUUCUCAAAUACAAAGCAAUUCUUACUGUAAUAUUUUUAGUUUGGGGACACAAUUUCCUAAGGGGGGGAUUAAUGAACAUUUAUACACAUUAGCCCAAUUUACGGAUUCCGUGUUUAUUAUAUGGUAGUACCGAUGAGAAGUACCUUUCUAUCUGUACCUUUGCACAGUUUCUCCGUUCCUCGUAAUGAAGCUUCAUGACGAGCAGGGCUCUUGGACCUGCUGUUUCUGUACAGAUCUCAUUGUUCCACUUACUUGUCAAAGCACAUUCUACAUGUACUGUAAACAGGUAUCACUUUAGUAAGAUUUAGUCUUAAGGAUUUUUCCACUUUUGUCAGUAACAGAUAUUUAUGGAUUAAAAAAAAAAAAUAAAGCUGUUUCAACAUAA